GCAACACCGACAACCGACGUCUGCUACUACAGCAUGCCCCUUCCCACUCCCGCCGCAGGAACCGAGCCUGCCCAACCCUGAAGAGGACUCGACCGCAUUCGCCGAGCUGCCAUUACGACCGUACAGUACACUACCGGUACCUACCUUACCGUCUACCUACCUGACUGCCAUAUGCGCGCUCCCGCCCGCGACUGUACUCGGCACAUGAACGCUUCACCUCUACCACCAACUCAUACUCGCUUAAGAUGGUUACUGGUUCAGUGAAACCACCGCCCGCAUCGAGCGGAAAAGGAACCAUGCGCUCCCGACAGCGCCCAGUCUCGCAGCAUGGCGCGAAGCCGCAGACCCGCUCCCCAGCGACCCGCCCAGCGCGCAAGAUAUUCAACUGCAUUGUCGAUGACUCGGCACUGGUAGCGGGAGUCAAGAGAAGCACUAGAAACGGUAUUCGGCAGUGGGUUAAGAACGAGCAAAUCCGCCUCUUUGUCCCGCUGCACGCUUUGGAUGAGCUGAACCGACAAAAGAAUGGAACUACCAAACAUGCGGAAGAUGUGCGCGAGACUUUGCAGUGGCUGGACGACGCUACCGACAAGCAUCCUCACUCGGUCGCUGUACAAGGGCCUGAAGACACCUACGAGAAAUGGGCCUUGGUCGAGCGUUUCGUCGUGCCGCGCACGCUCUUCUCGGAAGACAACUACGAUCAUGAUUUCGAACUGGCCGAUUCUAGCAACAAUUCCUAUGAGAGUCGUGCCAAGCUUCUCGUUUCCGACGAGAAUGCUAAGGCGUCCUUUAGCUCAGGUGCCACGGAAGCUAGUGGCUCGUUGUCGCCCUCGUCCCUGCACAGCCCACGCUCAAGUGCCAGCGCGCUCUCGUUCCCGGCUACUCCACAGAAGGCAGUCGGCCCGCCAGCAAAGAGCAUUGCUUCCCUGAAUGCAGCUGCCAGUCGACCACAAUCGUCAAGUGCUAGUGUCCCGGCUGGCUUACAGCCUCUAUUCAACUACAUUAUCUGGCGCAUUCAUCAGGAGCUGGAUCCCGUUGCAGCGCUCGAGUCUUUCAUCUUCCUGUGCAACGAUACUCGCAAGGUCGGCUUUGCCAAAGGUUUUGACAUCAAGACGAAGAGACUUGAGCAGUUGCGUGAGGCUGUGGGCAGAGAGGACCGCGACUCUAAGAAUCGGCAAGCCAUGCUGAGUCGUGAGAACCAGAGCAUCGAUGCUAGACAGAAUAACAAUGAGAAGCCGUUGGAGGUAAAGAAGGCCGAUCGACCGAUCACGCCCAAGGACGCAGUCGACGAGGAAGACGACGAGGACGAGGACGAGGACGAGGACAACGAAGUUGUGUUCAGGCCGCCACGUGCGCCAGCGGCGAUGUUGCCCAAGCCGCAACCCGACCUCAUCGAUCCAAAUGCCUUCGACCGUCGUCCACAGCCUCAAAGUCAGCCACAGCCAACACUUAAGCAGGACCUGCCAAAGGCUCCUCAGUCCCCACGCAUUGGCAACGUGCCUGCUCAACGCGGAUCGCCACGAAAUCACCAUGCCGUGCCCUUUGCUCCGCGUGGCAAUGCCCGUGGCGGGCGCGGUAACUUUCGCGCCAAUAACGUUCCUGUCCGAGGCCGUGGUAAUUUCGCUGGUCGCGGCGGAUUUGAGUAUAACAGCCACAAACAACAGCAAAAUGCCGCAACGCCUGUGACUACCCAUGGACAGAUCGACCCGGGCAGCUUCGCCCGCCCAGAGGCUCCCCGUCAGCAACGCAAGUUGUGGGUCCCAACCUGAGAUCGAAGCAAUACUGCAUGAGCAGUUGCUAUGAGAGACUCUCUAACACGACUUGGUCGACGAAGCUUCAUCUAUCCCGACUAAAAAAAAGUAGUCGAGAAACACCCAGCGCUUUCAUUUCUGCGUGUACUGGUGGAAAUCGACUGGAUAUACCGACUACUCGGGUCAUCUGUGCCAAGAGUACGUCGUGGCACUUGUGGAGGGCGAAACGGAGUGCGUACGGCAAUGAGUUUCCUGACAGGCUGAUGGACGGAGACAGAAUAUGUUGAGGGGAGUGAACGGGAAAGAAGCAUGGGAGGAAUCCCAGACUGUCGUUGUGAUUGAUAUUGCGUUCUUGUUUUUGCAUACUACUGCUCCUGAUGCUGCUUUUGACUGCGCUGAACAGUCAUCUUAUACGUACACCCAAACCAUUCU